CUGCCCAUUGAGACGUAAAGGAAAGCAUAUGCAUUCUGUUUUGGCCUAUGUGAGUCAGUUAGUUUUGCAUACUUACUGUAUUAUUUUGGCUUACAUUGUUAAUGUAAUAGUAGCAUCUUCUGAAUGUGUGUGUGAGAAAGGAAUAGGCAGAAACACAGCCUGUUUUGGUGUCUGGAUGCACAAGCUUGAUCAUUUGUGAGUGAGUGUGCUUCCUCUUUACGGAUCAGCUCUGACUGGAAAUGAAACAGGAGUACCAGGAUCUCAUCCUGCAGGCGUGUGGUGCUUCCUCCCUGCGUGUUGGAGCAAAGAUCCAGACUCUGUGGAGCGGUUAUGGGGAGAUAGUCAGGCUGCACCUGGAGGGCUGCGACCGGCCCUCCGUGGUCGUCAAACACGUCAAGUUUCCAGAGGAGGCCGAGCACCCUGGCGGCUGGAACACGGAUCGCUCCCACAGACGUAAAGUGAGAUCCUACCAGGUGGAGACACACUGGUACCAGAACUAUUCCACCAAUCAGAGCUGUCGGAUUCCUGCCUGCCUGGCCGCCUGUUCCCACGGAGACGAGAUGCUGAUCGUGCUGGAGGAUCUGGAUGCUGUUGGUUACGAUCAGAGAAGGACCAGCGUGAAGGACAAAGAAAUAAAGGCUUGCCUCAGCUGGCUUGCCCACUUCCAUGCUCUCUUCCUGGGCGUGGCUCCGGAGGGCCUGUGGCCUGUCGGUACCUACUGGCACCUGGAGACCCGGCCAGACGAGCUGGAGGCCAUGGACGACGCCAAGCUCAAAGCAGCAGCUGGAGAUAUCGACCGGAUACUCAACGACUGCCGCUUCAAGACCGUCGUUCACGGAGACGCCAAGUUAGCCAACUUCUGUUUUUCUCAGAGUGGAAAGGAGGUGGCAGCUGUGGACUUUCAGUAUGUUGGUGGUGGCUGUGGGAUGAAAGACGUGGUGUAUUUUUUAGGAAGCUGCAUGGAGGAGAGGGAGUGUGAAAAGAGGGUACCGGGCCUGCUGGACUUCUAUUUUACAGAACUAAAGCUAUCUGUGAAAAAAGAUGUGGACUUUGCUGCCCUGGAGAAAGAGUGGAGGGAGAUGUUUGCGUUUGCCUGGACGGAUUUUCAUCGUUUUCUACUCGGAUGGAUGCCUGGACACUGGAAAAUCAACCGGUACAGCAAACAGUUGACCAAGGAGGUUCUGGGCAAACUGAAACUGUAACCAGAAGCAAAAAGACCUUUUAACUCCAGACAACCAGAGAACUGAGCGUGUGGCUAGAAGGUGGCAAGUUUGAAUGGAAAUCUGCAGUGAAUCCCUCACAAACACGCACUCCUCAGUCCUUUCAUCACCUCUGUGCAGUGAAGCAUGCAAAUCAGACUGUUUCUGGAUUAAUAAAAGUUUGUGUAAAAUGCUCUGACUUUUCUUUCCUACACUGCAGCUCUUCUGUCUGUUUGCCUCAUGCACCCACACACUUUGGUUAAUGAAUGUCAUUAUGUGAAGUGAAAAUGUCGUUUCGGAGGUUAGGGUUAGGUUUACCGUGUGUUGAAUAUAUUUGGCUCGUGAACUAAACAUAUAUUUAGUAGUCAAAAAAUACAAAACACCUUUUUGUCUUUUCCAGUAGCAGAAAUGUCUGCUGUAUCCUGAUUAGGACUAUUAGCUGUAUUAUUACUGCACACUGUAUGUUUGUAUCACAUACUGAGUUUUGACUACUCUUCCACAGUAUUUGAAUAGUGCCACAAAUUUUCAUGGCUGUAAAGAAAGCAAAUGUGACCAUAGAGAUACAAUUGUUGUAUGUAUAAGAAAUGUGACCCCAGUAGUUGGAGCUUGUUGCACAUUUACUAUUUAUGAUAA